AUUAUAUUAUCUCGUCUAUAGCUUAAUAUUUACUUUUAUUAACUUAAUCACAUUUUUGCAUAAUUUAUUAUAUAUGUUACGAUAAACUGUUGCACGACCAAAAUUUCUCAAGUCAAUAAUAUGAUUCUGCAAAGAUCGAUUUGAUGUGUUAGAACAUUGGCAGUGCUGUAUUUAAGAUCUCAUUGUUAUUUUCAUGGUUCUACUGGAAGUAAUGCAGACAUCAAAGCUUUUUCUUGAAAAAAUUUAAACAGUACAAUUAAUUGAUUUAACUUUUCAGUCUUUUAUGUGAGUUUAUUAAACAAAAGUAUAUUUAAAUUAUUCAACAAAAACUUACAUUGAACCUCAAUUAUUAGAUGCCAAAAGUGUGUUGAUUUGCCAAGCAGGCAUCAUAGUGACAGCAAAAACUUGUACUUGAAUAUUUUAUUGUUUAAGUGAGUGCAACACUUGUAUGAAAGGGACAGGUGGUCCUAAAACUACGGAUUCAUUGAACUUGAUUCCAAAUCUUUAUGCACAGCGAAACCACUGGCUACCCAAAAACCAGUUGCUAGCUAACCAAUACUUUAUGCCUAUGGUUUUUCUAAAUCUUUGGCUGUUUCCUCAGUUUAGCAGUUUGUCAGACAUCACAUUCAAGUGCUUCUUCUCAAUAUAAAACCACCUUCAUUUCAAUUGCUCUCUCAAUCUAAAAUCCUGCAAUAUAUUUCUUCCAUUCGUUCAAAUCACACUACAGUAUCAAGUCCCAAUUGGGUUACUUUUUGAUCCUUUAAAAAUCAAAGCAAGAGUUUCUUUGAAGAAGCCUUAUACAAGAUGUGUUCAGCAGGCAGAACUUGGGCUGUGGCAGCCAGUGUUGGAGUUGUGGAGGCCUUGAAGGACCAGGGUCUCUGCAGGUGGAAUAAUGCCUUAAGAUCAGCUCAACAUCAAGUAAAAAACAACGUGAGAUCCUUGUCUCAGGCAAAGAAUCUUUCUUCCUCUUCUUCUACUAUGGUUUCUGGUAGAUUGAAGGAAGAAGGGAGAAAGCAGUCAGAGGAAUCAUUGAGGACAGUCAUGUACUUAAGUUGUUGGGGUCCCAACUAGAGUCACAAGGCAAUUACAAAACUUUGUGUCUAAUUUGAUUGAACCUUUGUCCCCAAGGGAAGGUGGGGCAUAGAUUUCAUGGUCAUGUCCGAGAAUUGCUAUUCUAUUGCGACAGAUUUGGAUGUAAAUUUUGAUGAAUGAAAAUUAUCUGAAUGUGUUAAUCCAUUUCAAAUUUA